UCUCUAAUACUUGACAAUUCACGGAACACAGUUGUGGGUUGAAGGAAGGUUGUAAUUUGUAGGUAUGGACUUUAACUUGAAAUCGUAUGUAAUUAACAUUGUUUUGUAAUAUUUUAUUGAACCUCGGACGUAUGUGUUGUUGAACCGUGAUAAUAAAUUUAAUUCUAUUAACAUACUAAGAGUUACUAAGUCUGAAUGCUCACAAAUUAUUAAGGAAGCAACAUUUAUAUUUUACAUAACUUAGAAAGUUUCUUGAAUUGUUACAAUAUUUAAAAUGCCCGAAAAAACAGUAAAAAAAGUAGGAAAUCCCGGACCUUCGGCUGUCGGAAAAUUAUAUCUUAUUGCCUACAACACAAUACAGACUUUUGGAUGGACUUAUAUGCUGAUACAGUCUGUUAUACACUUUUUGAAUCGUGGAACUUUGGAUAACUUUUGGCCAGAAAUAAAAUGGACUGUCAUUAUAUUUCAGAAUGCUGCAGUACUUGAGAUAUUGCAUGCGGCCAUUGGAUUAGUACCAUCUAGUGUAUUUGUGGUUUUGAUGCAAGUAUACUCGCGCGUAUUUCUAGUAUGCGGAGCUUUGCUGACAGUCGAAGGUGCCACCACAAGUCCUGGGCUACCUCUAUGUAUUCUAGCAUGGUCCAUAACUGAAAUUAUUCGUUAUGCUUACUAUGCAGUUAAUUUAAUUGGAAGUGUGCCUCGUCCCCUUAUGUUUAUAAGAUAUUCUACGUUCUUAGUCCUCUACCCAGUCGGUAUCACGGGAGAACUGCUAUGCAUGUACCACGCAUUGGAUGAAAUUUGGGACAAAAAAUUGUUUACUAUAUCUAUGCCUAAUGCUUGGAACUUCGCUUUCAAUUAUUAUUACUUUUUAAUUUUCUAUAUGCUACUGUACAUUCCACUUUUCCCCGUUCUUUUUGGUCACAUGUUGUCUCAAAGAAGGAAAAUGCUUGGUAAAGAUCAAAAGAAGACAAAAUAAGGGUUAUAAAACAUUCAUUUAUUUUCUUUUCAAAUUUAUUAUUGCACUUUUGUUAUAAGAAAUAAAUUAUUUUCUAGUAAAA